GACGUUUCCGGGACUCACCACCAGUCGGACACGCCUUUCCUCCCCGCCGCCUGGAAGGAGCCCGAACCGGAGGACACUCGCAGCCUCGCGCUCGCUCUUCCCGUUGUUUACCGGCUUCUUCGGCGGUUCCUCCCGACCAUGCCCGAGCCCGCCAAGUCCGCGCCCGCCCCGAAGAAGGGCUCCAAGAAGGCGGUGACCAAGGCGCAGAAGAAAGACGGCAAGAAGCGCAAGCGCAGCCGCAAGGAGAGCUACUCGGUGUACGUGUACAAGGUGCUCAAGCAGGUGCACCCAGACACCGGCAUCUCGUCCAAGGCCAUGGGCAUCAUGAACUCGUUCGUCAACGACAUCUUCGAGCGCAUCGCGGGCGAGGCGUCGCGCCUGGCGCAUUACAACAAGCGCUCGACCAUCACGUCGCGCGAGAUCCAGACGGCCGUGCGCCUGCUGCUGCCCGGCGAGCUGGCCAAGCACGCCGUGUCCGAGGGCACCAAGGCCGUCACCAAGUACACCAGCUCCAAGUAGACGCGCGGGCACGCGGCCUCACUCCUGACCCAAAGGCUCUUUUCAGAGCCACUCACC